CUUAAGACAGCAGAAAUGCAAUUUGGGUGACUCAGUCACGCUGGAACAACUGAGAAGGUGCCGACAUGCCGACCCAAAAUGCGAAAAGAUCCACACCGUUUGUGGCUCUGGCUCAUGAUGAUCAUGAUCAUUGUUGUCACAUAUCCAACAAUCAGGUUCAAAGCAUAGCAAAUACAACAGCACCAUGAUUGUAUUCACCGUGGUUUACUAUAUUAUCGGUGCCAUCAACCUUCUGACAGGCGCCUUGGGAAUGAUAUCACCAUUUGGCAUUCUGGGAGACUUUACUCUUUUCUAUUCCGAUGCUCUCGGUGUGGAUGAAACCGAGCUGCUCACGGUUCACUUGGCCCGAAUGUGCCAGACGUUGGCGUUUGGUAUGGGGCUCUUGUUUGUACUACUGAGAGGGGAAUCGCAACGAGUACGAGCGAUAUUAUUGGCAGUCAAUUCCAUCACGGCUAUUUGGUAUUCUUUGGGAGAGAUAUUGUUCGAUGCUCCCCGAGCCCAACGGUUGGGUUUGGACUGGCCAGCCCCCGAAAAGGUGCAACAGUACUCUCGCCCUAUACAGUUUUUGAUUGGAGCGCUCGAUGGAGGAUCCGCUGGGGCAGCUUUUAUUGCAGUAGUGGGCCUCCUUGUGUCAAUCCUUGCAUACAUGAAGGCCAAUGAUGACCCGUCAAGCAAGAAAACAGCAUAACAGAACUAGAGAACUCCAUACUAGAUUUUCAGUUUGCUUUCUAC